UUUAUAUAAGUCAUAAACAUCUUUAGAAUAAGGCAAAUGAAUUAUAUUGAAUUUAACCAUUUGAAUUUUCUUUAACGUUAAUUAAUAUAAGAUUGGCAACGCUUUCAUCCUAAUAUGUAUCGCAACGAAUUGAUUACUAACUAGUACGUACUAAACCCCCUUUUUGUCUCUUUCUAACAUUAUCUAUACGGCUGAAAUACUUUACUAAAUCAAAAGGGCGUCUUUCGCGCUUGCUUAGCCUCAACUAACUUCACUUGUGCAGCAUCAUCGUUAGGAGGCGCAUCCAAUACAGUCCACUCAUCACAUUUACUACCAGAAUUGUACAUGGUCCAUCGAACCUGGAAAGAACAAGUGAAUCUAUAAAGCUGGGAUCACGUCCACCGCUCUAGUUUAAAAACAAAUUAUUCUAUAACUUCCAUAGAAGACAAUGGGAAAAAGCUCAACAUCUAGCACACCAAAGUGUCGUAUCUGCGAGGAAAGACAUUUCCUAAAACAUUGUCCCAAAUUUCAACGUAUGCCUGUCUCGGAACGACGGAAGGUCAUAAGAGAAAAAGGCUUUUGUUUCAAUUGCCUAUGCACUGCACAUACACGAAGCUGGUGCCCAUCCAGGCAAAAGUGCAUGGUAUGCCAACAAAAUCACCACACUAUGGUUCAUACCGACGACAAAUCCUCUGGAACCAAACAACAAAAUCGGAAUGCCCAUUUUAAGACGAAAGGAAACGGAAGAAGCGAUUCAGCUCUUCGGGAAACACCUGUAGCCUCUAGCCGUCAGAAACACUUAAAUGAGCGUUUGAGCCGACGUCCAACAAUGCACGUUUUCCUUCCUACUGCUCUUGCUCGGAUCGUGACAUCUACUGGUCCAAAAAAAGCGCGAUUGCUGCUUAGCUCUGGAGAAGCUCAGACCGUGGUUUUGAAAGAAUUGGUCGAACGCCUUAAUGUUCGCACUACUAAGCGAGAUGGCAAAGAGUAUUGCUGCUUAAAUCUGGAAUCGUAUCAUGACCCUUUAAUAAAAAUUCAGAUUCAUGGUUUAGUAAAAUCUCAAUUUCACACCGUGCUACCAAAAGCCACUAAUGAGCCAAAACUUAAAGCGUUGUAUGACCAUCUAACCGACCUGGCAGACCCACAUUUUUUUCACCCAUCGAAUAUUGAAAUCAUUGUGGCGAAUGAUCAACUAUCCAAAGUUUUACGAGCUGGCCUAAUCCAAUCGUCUUCCAAUAUGCCACUAGUACAGAGUACCAUCUUUGGCUGGGUCAUCUCAGGUGCUUGUCACUACUGAUUUUGCAGUGUUGCAAGGCGGCCGGCAUGUUGAAGCAACUUCAACAACAUUUUUGCAGUCAUUUUUAUAUAAGUCAUAAACAUCUUUAGAAUAAGGCAAAUGAAUUAUAUUGAAUUUAACCAUUUGAAUUUUCUUUAACGUUAAUUAAUAUAAGAUUGGCAACGCUUUCAUCCUAAUAUGUAUCGCAACGAAUUGAUUACUAACUAGUACGUACUAAACCCCCUUUUUGUCUCUUUCUAACAUUAUCUAUACGGCUGAAAUACUUUACUAAAUCAAAAGGGCGUCUUUCGCGCUUGCUUAGCCUCAACUAACUUCACUUGUGCAGCAUCAUCGUUAGGAGGCGGUAAGCAAAGAAAUCGCUAAUAAACUGUUCCACAUUAGCAAACUGAAA